AAAGCAUAUUUUAUAUGUAUAGUUAUGUUGAUUGAAUUGCUGAAAUUAUGUUAAAGAAAAUAUAUAUACUUGGGAUUUUAAAGAUUCAAAGAAUAUGUGCAGGUCAUAUUGGUGUUUAGAGUUUAGCAAAUUGAUAACCAUGUCGAUGUCUAAAGGUUCGAAGAUGGCCCAGUUUAUCAAUUACCGUAUGCGUUUUUCUAUUCAAGAUGAGCGUCAGCUUGUGGGAAUAUUCAUGGGCUUUGAUCGUCACAUGAACAUUGUCAUUGGUGAUUGUGAGGAGUUUCGGAAACUGCCUUCCACUAAGGGAAGCAAAUCCAACGAAACAGACCUUAAUGAGGAGAGAGAACGACGUACCCUUGGCCUUGUCAUCCUUAGGGGUGAAGAGUGGAUUUCCACGGCUGUUGAAGGUCCUCCUCCUCCUGACAAGUCACGUACCAAGUCCUUGAGUGCCAGUGCCGUGCCAGGUUCUGGUCUAGGCCGAGCUGCUGGACGGGGUGUUCUAAAUGCAUCUCUUGUUCAUGCUCAGCCUGGUUUGGCUGGUCCAGUUCGUGGUGUUGGUGGUCCAGCUCCGGGCAUGAUGCAACCUCAGAUCUCUCGACCACCAGUUCCAGCUCCUCAGUUCUCGACUCUUGGGAUGACUUAUCCAAAUGCACCUGUGAUGCGACCACCAGGUCAUAAGAUGCAAGGAUUCCCACCUCAAAGCGGGCCACCACAGAUGCCUCUGAGAGGCCCACCUCCCCUGGGGCGGUACCCUCCUGGUUCAAGGCUUGGUUUAGCUCCACCUGGGCAUUUUCAAAUGCCUCCUCAUUAUGCCCAGCGUCCUGGCAUGCCAGUAUUACCUCCUCCUAUGAUGUGUGGCCCGCCACCUCUUUCCAGACCUGGUAUGCCACCACUUCCUGGGGGACAGGUGCCAGUCUAUGGACCUCCUCGUCCAGGGAUGCCACCACCUCCAAAUUCUCAACAGCCACCUCAGAAUCAGCAGCAGUAA